UAGCGAGUGACAUCCAUACAGCAACGACAAAGGCCAACCCAACAAUUUAUAGAAGCUCCUAAUCAAUCUCGCAAACAUGUCUGGCGCUGCGGAUCGUGAGGCCGUCUUCCCUACUCGGCAAUCGCUCGGUAUCAUGAAGGCCAAGCUCAAGGGAGCUGAGACUGGCCAUAGUUUGCUCAAGAGGAAAAGCGAGGCACUUACCAAACGUUUCCGAGAAAUUACUCGGCGAAUCGACGAAGCGAAGCGGAAGAUGGGCCGUGUGAUGCAGAUUGCGGCAUUCUCUCUUGCUGAAGUCAGCUACGCUGUUGGAGGCGACAUUGGAUAUCAAGUUCAAGAAUCCGCGAAAUCGGCUCGAUUCCGAAUACGUACAAAGCAGGACAACGUUUCAGGUGUUCUCCUGCCGGCCUUUGAGAGUUAUCUGACAGAGGGCAACAACGACUUUGGACUCACUGGCUUAGGAAAAGGUGGACAGCAAGUCCAGCGAUGCAGAGAAACCUAUGCACGUGCUGUGGAAGCUCUGGUAGAGCUGGCGAGCCUCCAGACUGCAUUUGUGAUAUUGGAUGAGGUUAUCAAAGUGGUUAAUCGACGAGUGAACGCAAUUGAGCACGUUAUCAUUCCCCGAACAGAGAAUACCAUCAAAUACAUCAACUCCGAACUGGAUGAACUGGACCGUGAAGAGUUUUACCGUCUGAAAAAGGUCGCCAACAAAAAGCAGCGAGAUAACGCUGCUGCCGAUGCCGAGAUGAAGGCGAAGAGGGAAGCCGCCGAGAACAACAAUACUGGGGCUGCGGCAGAUGAUUCAGGCCCAACAGAUAUAUUGGCCGCAGCGGACGAUGACGACGUGAUUUUCUAAGCGCACAAGGGCAUAACUUUUUGUCAAGGCCCUUUGAUAAUUUUCUUUUCCUCUUGUACUUGUAGACUGCAAACAUUGCCAUAAUACAGAAGUAUAUACCAAAACACCAAAACGCAUCGCCCAUUACAUUAGUGAUAACGACGCCCUAUUGACGUUGGUAGGUAACCUUGAUUGGUUUAUCCGCUAACAACAUUCCAGCAGUAUUCUCCUUCGCCGUAAUAGCGCCUUGUUCAUUCUGAUACUCAACAAAGGCAAUUCCGCGUCGACCUGGAACCAAUCUAAUUUCUCGGAACCCAUCGAACCGGCCAAAGAUGGCGUUGAGGCCGUCAAUAUCAUAUUCAUCGGGGACAUUCUGGAUAAAGAGAAUCUUGUUCGGUGGCAGGUAUUCGUCUGGUACGACAGCUGAUGCUGGGGCGCUGGUGGACUUCAAGCCCGACGGCUUCGCUGAUUUCGAUGGUCGAGCUUCGGCUGCGGCAGCGGCACCUCUCUUGAGCUGCCUUUGUUCGUCGGCUGCCUCGAGCGCCUUGCGUUUAUCCUUUUCUGCCUGCCUAUGCCGCUUGUGAGUCUCGAGUUCAUCCUUGCUACAGUUGAUCUCGACGGUUCUGUCGCUCUGCAUCCGGGCCAUCGCAACUCUCAAGGGCUUGCCAAAGAGCUCGAAUCCUUCGACCUCUUCGAUGGCAUUUUGAGCGGCGCUGGGUUGAUCAAACACAAUAAAUGCCUGUCCCUUUGCCUUGAGGUUUCUCUUGGCCACGAUAUCAAUUACAUUCCCGAACUCGGAGAAGAUGGUCUUCAAUGCUUCCGACAACACUUCAGGCUUCACCCGCUCUUCCAAGUUUUGAACGUAUACCGUAGUUAUGGGCAUAUCGGACGCCAUCUUGAAAUCCUAGAGCGCCAAACGCGAGCUUUGGAUAUUACGCCACUUUUUUCAAGAAGUAGCCAGCAGUACCACUCAAAAAGGUAACUAGGUUGUAUGUGACAUGUGAAAAUGCUUUUCAAAUUUGUUUAUUUUAUUUGAAGCAAUUUUUUUUAUUAAAAGC